AGUAGGUCAAACAGUUCUACCUCACUGCAAAUUCUAUAGGGCAGAUAACGCAUAUACACAAUGAGAUGUCAUGUGCUGGCAAAGGUCAAGAAAGUCUGAGUUAAGGAAACUUAAACAGGUCUAUACUGAGGGUCAGUUUUGAUGACACUAGCACUGAUAACUUGUGUGUGUGAUAUGCUUUCACAGUGGUGCAGCUAAGGCAGGGUAAACUAGUCUUAAUAUUUUUAUCUAGAAAACUUUCUUUAUCUUGUUGAUGAGACCAGAAGACUUUACUUAUCUAUGGAAAGCAUAUUGUGAUCCAGAACUUACCAUGGUGGAAUGGGAACUAAGCUGUGAUACUGUAACAGCUCUGGUAUGGAUUCUCUGAGGCGACCCAGGGAGAUGUCAGUAAUUGACAGAUCACAGCGCCAGACUGGGCAAGGACAACAACAAGUUUCAGAACCUCCUUCAGAUGAAAAUCAAGAAAACCUUUCCAACAGAGAAUCAUGGAGACACUCUCAUGGGAGGCCAAGACCAUUCAAACGUGUCGCUUCCUUUUACACCCCUCACAUGGAGGACACAUUGAGAAGAAAACUGAAAUUUCACUUUAUGACACCAUGUCAGAAGUGGACCACAAAGAGACGGUUUCCAUGGAAAAUGAUUAUACAGCUCCUUAAAAUAGUGCUAGUCACUGGACAGUUGGUGUGGUUUGGGUACGACCGCUCUUCCCAUGUUAACUUCUUGAUCAAGUCAACUGUGUCAUUCAAGCACCUGUUUCUACAAGGCUGGGAUCCUGCCUAUGAAACUCUGCCUUAUCCUGCUCCUCUGGGGAUUUUUGCUGUCUACACCAUUGAUGACUUUUAUCUGAAACUAAAUCAUGCAUGGAAAAUGUAUAAUGAAGUGUGGCCAAACUCCAUAGGGUCAUUCACACCCAAUUCUAAGAACCACACAUUGCCUCCCAUGUACCUGUGUAAGACAUUCUUUAGAGAUGGCUGGGUAAAUCCUAGGAAUGGAUCCUACAGCUUUCAUAAGCAGCCAGUAGAAGAAUGUAUAGCUUUAACAAACAGUGACUGUGAAUUCUGGAACAACACAACCAACUCCACAGAAUAUUCCUAUGAUGUUCAAGAGUACUUGCAAAAAAUAAACAAGACAAUAGAAUUUGAUAGAUUGGUCAAAGUGGAAUUCAAGUUUUCUUUGAGAGCUGUUCAUGUAAAAAAUUUUGAUCUUGGAAGAGAUGAAGUGGAGUGCUUUGAUGUCAAUGUAACCAUUUUGCUAGACAACAGUGCUUACAGUGGUCAGAUACCUGUCACUCUUAAAGCUGCUGCAGAGCAAUUUAUCUGCACUGAUGAUAACAAGACAGGAAACACAGAAGAUGGUAUCAGUUUGGUAUUUAUUGUGUAUGACAUAAUAGUCAUUAUUAUCUCGGUGACCUCCACAAUACUGUGUGCUCGGUCACUGUACAGGGCACAAAGGUUGCGUUCAAAAACUGUGAAGUUUUUCAAAAGGCAGCGUGGUAUAGAAAUGACUCUAGAUGACAGGAUGCAGUUUCUGAACCUGUGGUUUAUUAUGAUCAUUGUCAAUGAUGUCAUUACAGUUAUAGGGUCCGUUUUGAAGAUAAUGAUGUCAUUAAGUACUGUGGACCUGUAUGAAAUGUGUGGCCUCACUCUGGGCACAGGAAGUCUCCUGGUCUGGUUUGGGGUUCUGAGAUACCUCAAUUUCUUUGAAAAAUAUAAUAUUCUGAUCAUAACUAUGAAGAGGUCCUUCCCAGAUGUGCUGCGGUACCUGAUAUGUGCUCUCAUGUUCUAUGCUGGGUUCACAUUUUGUGGCUGGGUGGUACUGGGACCUUAUCACGUCAAGUUUCGUACCAUAAGUGCAGCCUCAGAGUGUCUGUUUUCCCUGGUCAAUGGUGAUGACAUGUUUGUCACCUUCUCUGUCAUCACUGGUAAUGACAAUGUCUACAUCUGGUACUACAGCCGUGCAUUCCUCUACAUCUUUAUCAGUCUCUUCAUCUACAUCAUCCUCAGUCUGUUCAUUGCUGUCAUUACCAAUGUUUAUGAUGUAGUUAGGGAUUACUACCGUCAUGGGGGGUUUCCAGAGACAGAUCUUACCAAGUUUAUAAAUGAGACAGAUGAGGAUCAUACCUCCCCUCACUACAGACUAGAAGACAAUGGUGGCUGUGAUCUGUCUCGGCUGUUUAGAUGUUGCUGUAGAAGGCGCAAUCCAGAUGAACCAGAUGAAUAUAGCAGUUUACUGACAUGUCACAGGACAAACUGAACCUGUUUGGUUUGAUGCCUGAAAAAGCAACAAAACUAUUUAAUGUGCCAACUAUGAAUUAAUUGUAAAUUGUAACUGACCACUGAUGAGGAUUUCUUGAAUUCUUUAUUGAAUACAUGCCCAAGUGGCUAAGACCUUGCAAUAAGGGCAUGAAUAUACUGCUGACUGAACUGUGCAGUAUUGUAUGACGAUCUUGCUAAAGAGGGACAGACAUGCUCUUUAUCUUGAUCUUUGACAGUAUUAAUUUUAAGUGUAUGAACAGCAAAAGUUCAGCGUUUUAAGAGCUUUGUGUAUAAGUGGUCUCAGAAUUUGAUAGAAAUGUUUUGAGAUAGAUGGUUUGAUGUAAGGAUUAUCGUUAACCAUGCCUAAUGAUGCCUUCCAACUUUAUGAGUUGUUACCAAGGUUGCGAUCAUUCUCGUAAACCAAGAGGAUAUAUCCCAAGUUGCCACAUUUAACAUGAGUUAAAACAAUCCAAUAAAGUUAACUGGAUGCAGAAAAGUUCCUUACAGGGUUCCUUACAGUAAAGAAACCUAGGAAAUAUUAUACAUUUCUAAAAUGAGAAUAAAUAUUUGAUCAUUUUU